CGCCCUCUGCGUUUGGAGCGGCAGGUCGAAUAGCACUGUGGGUAAUAUUCAUGGCGGACGUGGAGCGAAAGAGUGUUUCGAUAAUAUGCUGGCAUUUUUAAUUCCUAUUUCAAUUCAUCGAAACUCCGCUUUGAUAUUCAAUAACAACGUUUUUGUCACGGGAAUCAAAUAUCCCUGAAUCUUCGUGGGUCAUUUUAAACUACAGUUUUCCAACAUGGCUUCAGAUACUAAUUUCAUCCCGCCUAUGUUAUCUUCCUCACCACCACCAUUGGACGAUGGACCAGCAUUUGAUUGCGACACUGAUGACGACGAUGACUUUGGUGGUUUCAUCAAAGCCGGUUUAGAUGAAGACAUAUCCCCUCAGGGUGACAAUCAUUUUAAACCAAUACUUGACAAUGAUAUAGGGUAUUAUACUUCUCCACCUCCCGUCACUAAUGACCAUUCUGACAACUUUAGCGGCGAAGAACAAGGAUUCAUAGAUUAUUCAAAUGGUGGUGGGGUAGCUGACGAUGUUGUCAGAUCUGAGCCACUUCGUGUUGGUCCCGAAAAUAAGCGAGAUAGCAUAGACAGUAAUGACUCUAUUGAAAAAGAACCCAGGUCAGCCAGCCAGUUAAGUUCUGACAGAAAGACCCUAAACUCUGAUAGUAACUAUUAUUCAUUCUCUAGUCCUGAUACACUGUCUCUACAAAGUCCUUCUGAUUGUCAGAUUCCUAGUACUGUUAUACCCGAAAAUAAGAAAACGCCACAGUCAGAUGAAAAUGAUGCAGAAAAAAAUGAUGAUUUUGGAGAUUUCAGGACUACUGAUAGCAUGGAGGAUAGGACACAGGAAGAUUUCAACUCAGGAGAAGGUAAUUUUGAACAAGCUGAAAUUCAGGAUUGCAGCUCGGAGAAACCUAAAACCAAUGUGUUACAGUUAGCAGACUCUGAAUUGGGAGAAAUUUCAUUUACAGCUGGUAAUGAGAAUUGCCAGCCAGCAUUCAAAGACACUGUUGAUGAUAACGUCAGUGAACAUAAACCUGGAGAAGGUGAUAAAUUUGGGCAUUUUUCAGAGGCCACAGAAUUUGCAGAUUCAAAGUCGUCUUCACAGGAUGAUCUAGAUCUUAGAACUGAUAGCGCUCCAGCAUUAGAUACUGUUGAUAAUAAUUUUAGUACUUUCAAAAAUCAAAGUGAUGAUGAAGGAGACUUUGGAGCAUUUGGUGAAAUAACAUCGCACACUGAUGGGAGUUGCACCUCUGCGCCGGUGGAAAGCGAUGAAUUUGGAGCAUUUAGUGAUUCCACUGUCAAUACAAACAAUAAUAAUGAGCUUGAAAAUGGAGUUGAUGUGAUAGGUGAUACUGAAAAGCAUGGUGAUGAUGAAGGAUUUCAAGCAUUUUCAGAACACACACCGGAAUUUCCUACUUUCAAAUCUGAUGACUGGAGUGCAGAUUUUGGUGAGGCAAAGCCAUCAGUUUCCCACUCUGCAUCAUCAACUGGUGCAGAAUCUGAGGACUUGGUAAAGAGUAAAAUAGAUGAGUCUGGGUCAAAUGAUUCUGAUGAUUUUGGUGAUUUUGGCGAUGCUAAACCAGUAGAUGACCACCAGUUUGCAUCAUUUUCUUGCCCACAUGACGAUGGAGGUGAUGACGAUUUUGGUAAUUUCAGUGAUGUCAAAAACACAGGACCGAAUGAUUCUGAUGAGUUUGGUGAUUUUGACAGUGUUAAAGUUGAUAAAGAUGAUUUCGGGGAUUUUAGUUCUUCCGCUGUUCAUCCGUCAACUUUGAAAGACUUUUCUGUAAAUGAUGACGACUUUGGUGAUUUUAGCGUUUCUACAGCACCAACAGUUGAACAUGAUGUGACUUCCACCACUGAUGAGUUUGGUCACUUUGAGGAUUCAAAUCAAACUCCUAAUGCUUCUGAUUCAUCUGAAAACAAAUUAACAACAUCAGCGACAACACUGUCAAUUUCAGGGAAUAAACUGGAUCGUGUGUUUUUGGCAUGUUUUCCUCGAGUGGAAAAUGUAAUGCAGACAGACCUGGUUAUUGACUUAUUGUUGGACUGUGUUAAUAAAGUGAAAGAGAAACAGACAGAAGCUCCAGCACAGAAAUCAAAAAAGGACAGAAAUAGCAGAAAGGAGGAGGCUGAUUUGAAUAUAUGGAAUCAUUUAAAGGACAUAGAGAAGACACAUGCUUUGAGUUACCAAUGGACAGGAUCCAAUAAUGAUAAAACAUUAAUGAAAUCAUUAGGAAUUGAUACAAGAAAUAUUUUAAUGUCCAAGAAAACAACAUCUUCAAUUCCCAUCUAUGCCAGCAACUUGACCCUUCUGCAGCCGAGUAAAAUUGGGGAGAAGGAUGAAAAACCUGAAAGUGAAGACAAAGAAGAGAUAAAUAAGGACACAGUUCUACCUCAGGAAGCCCUACCACAAGUAGAGUUUGAUUGGAGUAGUAGUGGACUAAUUAAUCCUCUAGAUGCAAACAGUCUUAAUUUGGACUUCUUUGCUACUGAAUUAUCUUCCAACAAAAAGACUAACACCAAGACAAGAUCAGGAUUAGAUGAUGAACUUCUAGGCUUAGAAAUUGACACUAUACCAAUGCCACCAACGGUGAAACCAACUGCCAAGCCAUUUGCCGAUAUACUCUCUAACAUUACAACAUCAAUGGUGAAAAAACCAAGUAAAAGGGAUGCUAAUCUCAGUGAAGAAGCCAACAGUAUACUGGAUAGUCUACCAAACUUGGAUUUCAUGCAUGCUAAAGUUCUAAUGUUUCCUAUCAAGGUUUCUAAUAGCAGUGGUAGUCUAAGCCCAGUGUGAUUCCACCAG